AUGACCAUCCGUCACACAGACGGACGCAGAUUCAGCCCUACCUAUCUAAUAAUUUUGCUUUUUCUCCAUUGCCAACUCACUUUUUUCAUUUUUUUUUUAGUUACCUCAAAUCAGGGUGAUGACACCCCCUUGACACUGGACCUCAGAUUUCAGUCUCUGGAUUACAGGAAUAUCUUGCACUGGAAACUACAACCGACCACCUCAGUCAACGUUGUCUUCUCAGUGCAGUUUAAAAUAUAUGGCGAGAAGCAGUGGACAAGCGUAAGGCACUGUCAGAACAUAACAGCGCUGCAGUGCGACCUCAGCAGACAGACAGCUGACCCGAGAGAGUGGUAUUACGCCAGGGUGCAAGCAGCGACUAAUGGCGUCCAAUCAGAAUGGGUCAUGAGCUCUCGCUUCCAUCCUCAGUGGGAAUCACGGUUCAGCCCACCAAAAAUGAAGCUGAAUGUGACACAACACAGUGUGGUGGUUCGGGUCCGUCCACCUCGAACUCCUCUGAGAAGGGACGGUGGACAACGAGUUCCCGUAACCAGAUACCAAAGGCUCACGUUCAGGAUAUACCUGCUUCAUGAUAAUGUCAUACAGGAGCAACAUGAAAUGGACAGCUCUGCCUUAGAGUUUGCCUUCACGAACCUGGAUCCCAAAACGACGUACUGCCUGCAAGCUGAGUCCAUGGUCCUUCGACGGGGUCUAGUGAGUCGGAGGGGGCCCAAGAAGUGUUUCACCACCUCCUAGCCAGAGAAGGAUAAAGCAAUGAGGAACCAAGCACAGGAGAAGGCUGCAGACCGUUACAGUACAUCCAUUGCACUUGAACACGGAACCCAAAAUGCCCCCACCCCCCCAUGACCUCAUGUGGUACUUUGCACAUUGCAUAGUGUUUGGUAUAACGGCGAAUAGCAGAGCAGUGCUGGGCAAUGCAUGUUUUACAACACAUUUAUUUAUCCUUGACAUUCUUUGACUGCAUCUCUGCAGACACAGAACUUUCAGAAGAACCAUGAGUAGUGUUUUUAAUCUGUUCACCAAUACCUCAGUAUAGUACUGUGCAAAGGCAUUUGUCUAAAUUAGAAUAUUGUUGUUAUAUGAUUGGUGUUGUUUCGUGUGUGUGUGUGUGUGUGUGUCUGUGUAUUUAUUGGAGUGACUUUGUCUUUAGCCAGACAUAAAACAAAUCUACAAUUAAUAGUGCAAUUAAAUUCACAUUACAAUUACAUUAUAGUACACUUCUCUGACGCCUUCAUCCAAAGCGACUUAGUUUGCUUACAGGGUAUUGGUUACAGUCCAUGGAGCAGUGUGGGGUUUGAUGCCUUUCUACAGGGCGCUGCAUCCAUGGAUGGAUAUGUGGGGAGAAGGGUGGGAUUUUAACCCGCAACCUUCUGAACAUUUGCCAAUUAUCUCACUAAUGAAGUGUCAUCGAUGUGGACAGACACUAUGUUUCUUUUUAAGUAAACAGUCAAACUUGAAAUCCAAAUACUGUGCAUUUAGCUUCGACACAUUUAGUGCAGUACCUGACUGUGUGACACCAGGGGUGAAUUUCUCAAAACCAAAGUUGCUUUCUACAUUAGCUACUUUGUUGUUUUCAAUGCAUUUUCCCAUUGGCAACUACCGAAGUUGCUAACAGGCUAACAACUUCCCUUUUGAGAAACUCACCCCAGUUUUGUAAGAUUCAUUAGUGGUUUACAUGACCCCAUUGUGGUGUGCUGCAAGAAAACACUUCAUGCAGAGACUUUGGGAAGCAGGGGCCUAUCCUACAAAGCUGGGGUGAAUUUCUCGAAACCAAAGUUGCCACAUUAGCUACUUCGUUGCUUUCAAUGCAUUUUCCCAUUGGCAACUACCGAAGUUGCUAACAGGCUAACAACUUCCCUUUUGAGAAACUCACCCCUGGUUCAGGAGUAAACCAGGUUAAGAGGUAAAUCAUCUAAUAUUGAGGACUCCUGGCUCCUCUAUUAGAUGAUUUACCUCUUAACUUAACCUGGUUUAUUCCUGAACCAACUUUAUGGUCUAUGACCUAUCCAUGUCCUUUACUUUUGCCCAUUAAUGUGGGUGUCCAGGCCUACAAUACAGGGGAAAGCACAACAAUUGUUUUGUACAUAUUUUCAUAUACAGUAAUGUAACAACUAUUAAAAAGUCUUAUUUCUUUUAAUAAAUUUCAUGUUUCAAAAUCAUUGUUAAGACAAAAAUUGGCAAUUUCUACACAUCUCAGAAUAAAGGGGAAAAAGUGAGAUAUCCUGGUCAGUCUUCUUUAUUUGAGGGUAUCCCAAUGAAUCAUCUUACAGAAGCUUUCAACCUGCACAUUUACAGUCCUGUCAAAAUGCCGUUUCUUUGAACUGCGUUUAAAAGCAACUAAUUGUAAUCAACUUAUCUCUUGUAAUGUAAAAUUUGGGGCAGCUGAAUUCAUGCAUUAAAAAAGACAAGCAGUUUUUUUUUUCAAGUAAAUCUCAUUAUUGCUUUUCUAUGCCAUAUAAAACCAGAAACCUCGUGAAAAAUAUGGACUUUGAGGACUAAACCAAACUCCAAACCCAACUGAUACAUUCAACAGCUCUCUGUAUUCUAACAGACUUCAAGAAAGACAGUUUAAGCAGGAGAGCAAUUUCUGUGACAGACACUGGACAAAAAAAUAUAUAAAAGACCAUCUCAGGACAGGAAAAAUGGAAAGAUGCAGGAAUCAUUCCUGACCAGAAGAAGUUAGAGCAGCAUUCUCAGGAAAUGGUAUGUUCUGUAUGUUCCAGAAUGUAGCACUUAACUGUGCAGUUUGUCAGGACAACCUUUAAAAAAAAUCUAUUUCAAUGUUCAUAAACUGUAUACAUACUGUACAUACAGCCUUUGUUUACUGUGCAAAAGAUGUACCUAUUGGCAGGCUCUUCACACAGUUGCCAAACCAAAAAAAUAAAAUAAAAUCUAAGGAUGUUGGUUUAAAAGGCAGACAUUUGUUCAAAUACAAAUUCAUUCGUGAAGAACGGAAAAUGAUAAUACAAAGCAUGAGAACUUUCUCACAGCAGGCCAAGACAGAAGCCCUCCAGUGUGGUGUGCAUUUCCUCACGACUCUUCAUGACAAUGGAGAUGCAGGUUGGUUAUGGAGCAAAGUACUGAACACCAAACCCAACCAAAAUGUAAACCAAACAAAUCAGAGGCACCUUGAAACGACAACUUGCAGAGAGAGACUUUGCAGAGUUACCGCUGUGUGUGUGUGUGUGUGUGUGUGUGUGUGUGUGUGUGUGUGUGUGUGUGUGUGUGUGUGUGUGUGUGUGUGUAAAAGGCCUUGUGAGGAUAACUGCCCUCAUAAGGAGAUGGGGUUCUUGUGUGCUACCGUUUUCCCAAACUGAUGGUGCCUUAACAUUGCUCUUCUUUAAUGCUGCAGGAAUGAAGUCCAUAUUUUGUCAUAAGGCAAAUACGAGUAACAGACCAGUGUAAUAUGAACUUAAUCUGAUGGGUUACACUGAUUUCGCAUGAUCACACAAUGUCACAAUAUCAUUAAACAAGCAAUCAAUCAAACAUGUGCAGUGAUUUUACAUCUCUACUGCAGUACAGUAGUCUGUUUCAAAAAAAAAAAAAUGAACUCUUGAGGGAACGAUCAGAUGUCUCAUCUUAAAAGGUACACUGUGUAAGAUUUUUAGAUGUUUAUUUCCAGAAUUCAUGCUACCCAUUCACUAGAGUUACCUUUUUCAUGAAAACUCACCCCCACCAUUAAAUUCUAAGCAUUCAUUAUGACUGGAAAAUUGCGCUUUUCAUACAUGAAAGGGGGGAUCUUCUCCAUGGUCUGCCAUUUUGAAUUUCCGGAAAUGGGCAUUUUUAGCUGCAAAAUGACUGUAUUUGGGCCAUACUAGAAAAAACAAGUUUAUUACUUAAUAAACUUUCACGAAAAGAUCAAAUUUGGCAAUAGGCAACCCAGUUUCAAUGAGCAGCAUAGUUGCAGUACCUUUUUUGACCAUUUCCUGCACAGUGUACCUUUAAGCACUUAUGUGGAUAAAACUUUUAACAGUGCCGUCUCCGCUAAACUAAAAAAAAAAAAGAAGUCUUCAGCUGAUCACAGCUCACUUCAGUACAACACCCCAGGGCACCUUGGCUGUAUAUAUACACAGUACAACACUACACGUACACAUCAUAAACACUGUAGGGAUGGAAACAAACAUCACAACGGUAAGAAGUACCAAAUAAAAAGCUUGAUGUAAAAAAUAAAAAAAAAAGGCAAAAAAACAAAAACAAAUGAGGUUUGUUCGAUUACAUGGAGCAUAUACAUGUGGUAAUGCCCUGGUCUUAGUUCUGAGGGGUCUGGCAUUCACACUGCACAAAGAUGUGCAUUCCAAUACGCAACCUUGCGUCCUCCACUUGUACUUGUGGCCUCGUACCAGGAAGUAAUACGUCGGGAUGACAUCACUGACAACCGUAUUGUAUUUCAAUAACUUGCAAAAGCUCAAUUGUAAAGUCAUUUUCUCAUUUUCAAACAGAAUGUUAAAUGAAGAAUAGUCCCCCCAAAUUUGUGUUGGCUAGGCUGACAGCGGGGAAACUUAAUUGUUUUCUCCACGGAGGUGGGGCAUCAGCAAAACGUGAGGCCACAAGCCCAAGUGGAGGACGCAAGGUCGCAUAUUGGAAUGCACUCAGAAUGGAAGGAGGCAGGAUGCCAUUUUUCACAACCUAAAACUCUGGAAUGAUCACUUCAUGGAUUAAACAUUUCUUUUAAAAAUGUCUUUCGUCAUAUUAAAUUACCUAGCAAUAAAAUACAGAUAUAAAUAAAAGAGAACAACAAAAAGAGGUACAAAUCCGACAAUGAGACACCAGUAGCAGGGGGCCUAGGUUAAGGUCAGUUCGCAGCCAGCAUGAGGAUGGCCGGUUUAUAAGAACCCCAAAUCCAAACAAACACACAUCAGGAAAUCCAGUGAUUCUGACAAGG